AUGGCGUCGAGUGGAGGAGAUGGAGAACCUGAGUGGACCGCUGCCGUACGUCCACUUUUAUCAGCGUCCUACACGGCUUUCGAAACGAAAGAGCUACCUCAGCUUAUAGGAUCCAUCAUAAACAGUGAAUCUGAGAUUCUACACCAUGACAAACAGUAUGAGCCAUUCUACUCCUCUUUUGUGGCACUAUCUGCACAUUACAUCACCACAGUUUGUGGGCAAAUCCCCAGAAAUCAGUUGCUGUCUGUAGCUGCAGCCUGUAAAAUAUUGAUUGAAUUCUCAUUGCUGCGUCUGGAGAACCCCGAUGAAGCAUGUGCAGUCUCACAGAAGCACCUGAUCCUAUUAAUAAAAGGCCUUUGUACCGGCUGCAGUCGAUUGGAUCGGACAGAGAUCAUCACCUUUACCGCGAUGAUGAAGUCUGCCAAACUUCCCCAAACUGUCAAGACCCUUUCAGAUGUGGAAGACCAGAAGGAGCUUCCCUCCCCUGUUAACCCUGAACUCCGACAUAAAGAAGUCCAAAUGAACUUUUUCAAUCAGCUGACCUCAGUUUUUAACCCUGACAUCAGCGUGCUGGCCUCGCCCACUGCUCACAUGCAGGGUGAAAAUGAGUGUGAUGAACAGACAACGACAGAUCUGGCAACGCAAGCCAAAAUGAAGAAUGCCUUCAUCUCUCAAAACGUGUCCAGUUUACAGGAGUUAGGGGGCGCAGAGAAGUUGCUGCGCGUGUGCCUCAACCUUCCCUACUUCUUGCGGUAUAUCAACCGCUUCCAGGACGCAGUCUCAGCCAACUCUUUCUUCAUAAUGCCGGCCACCGUGGCAGACGCAACGGCUGUCCGAAAUGGUUUUCACUCCCUGGUGAUUGAUGUGACCAUGGCCUUGGACACACUGUCCUUGCCAGUGCUAGAGCCUUUGACUCCAGGGAGACUACUAGAUGUGACUGUGUUAGCGCUGAGUUGCCUCUAUGCAGGUGUGAGCGUGGCAACUUGCAUGGCGAUACUGCAGGUGGGUAGCGGCUUGCAGCUUCGCACAGCCUCCACUGGCUCCAAGGAGGAAGACUAUGAAAACGAUGCUGCUACCAUCGUACAGAAAUGCUUGGAAAUCUAUGACAUGAUUGGACAAGCCAUCAGUAACUCCCGUAGAGCUGGAGGGGAGCAUUAUCAGAACUUUCAGCUUUUGGGUGCCUGGUGCCUAUUAAACAGCCUGUAUCUGAUACUUAAUCUGAGCCCCACCGCCUUGGCCGAUAAGGGAAAGGAGAAAGAUCCCCUGGCAGCGCUGAGGGUCCGAGACAUCGCCACCCGAACCAAGGAAGGAGCAGGAUCUCCUAAGCUUGGCCCAGGGAAAGGACACCAAGGUUUUGGGGUUCUGUCAGUCAUCCUAGCAAAUCACUCUAUCAAGCUGCUUACAUCACUGUUCCAGGACUUGCAAGUGGAGGCUCUACACAGAGGCUGGGCCAGCGACGGACCUCCCGCAGAGCUGAACAUCAUGGCCCAAAGCACCUCCAUCCAGAGGGUCCAGAGACUCAUCGACUCGGUCCCCCUCACCAACCUGCUCUUCACACUGCUCUCCACCUCAUAUAAGAAGGCGUGCGUGCUCCAGAGACAGAGGAAGGGUUCGGUUAGCAGCGACGCCAGCGCCUCCACAGACUCCAACACUUAUUAUGAAGAUGAUUUCAGCAGCACGGAGGAGGACAGCAGCCAGGCAGAGAGAAGACAGGAGAAGACAAAAGCAGCUUGUUUCUCAGAUGACGACAGCGAGCCCAUCCUGGGACUGUGGUUUGAGGAGACCAUUUCUCCCAGUAAGGAGAAGGUGGCUCCUCCUCCACCUCCUCCUCUGCCACCUCUGGAAACAUCUCCGAGACUCAAGAGCCCCAGCAAGCUUAACACGGCAGAGAACGGCAACAUCCUGGCUAGUCGCAAAGAUCCGGAGCUGUUCUUGAGUUUGGCCUCCAGCAUUCUCAACUUUAUCACCACCUCCAUGCUGAACUCAAGGAACAACUUUAUUCGUAACUACCUGAGCGUGUCGCUCACAGAGCAGCACAUGGCCACCCUCGCCAGCAUCAUCAAAGACAUAGACAAAGAUGUUAAAGGUUCCUCUGAUGAUGAGUUUUCUUCAGCUCUGUAUCACUUCAAUCAUUCUUUGGUGACAUCGGACCUUCCCUCUCCAACCCUACAGAACACUCUUCUGCAACAGUUGGGUGUCGCUCCCUUUUCUGAGGGUCCUUGGCCCAUGUAUAUCCACCCUCAGUCCCUCUCUGUGCUCUCAAGGUUACUGCUGAUCUGGCAGCAUAAAGCAAGCCAGCAGGGGGAGCCCGAUGUUCCCGAAUGCAUGAAAGUCUGGGAGAGAUUUAUAGGCACGCUAAAGCAACACACUCUACAAGGAGCGGUGCCUGCCGACGAAGAUCUCAACGUGGAGCACCUCCAGCUGCUUCUGCUCAUCUUCCACAACUUCUCGGAGAAGGGCCGCCGCACCGUCCUCACCCUCUGCAUGCAAUCCAUCGCUGAGGUCGCAGGUCACACCGAGUCCCAGCUCAAAGCCGUACCCCUCAAUCUGGCUCGCAUAUUGCUCGUCUUUGACUACCUGCUGCAUCAGUACUCAAAGGCUCCCAUGUACUUGUUCGAGCAGGUCCAGUAUAAUCUUCUGACUCCGCUUUCAUCCGGAGCCAGUUCUGGACUAGAGGGGGGGAAAAGAGGUGCCGUGCCGCUUUAUUAUGGCUUCAAAGAAGUGGAGGAGAACUGGGCCAAACAUUGCUCGGCAGAUUCCACAGUGCAGCCAAAAUUCUACUGCGUUUUGUCACCUGAAGCUUCAGAGGAUGACAGGAGUCGACUUGACACUAAGGUCUUCCAAGUGCUGUUCAAUGGUGCAGUCAAGUAUGAUGAUUUGUACUCGGCUUUGAUUUCCCUGCUGGCUGCGGGAUCACGUUUUGACACAGCGAGACGGCAGGAUAACAAACCAGUCUCCCCAGUUGAAGCAUGUUCCUUGCAGUACUACUUCCUGGUCCUGUGGAAGAUUCUCGGAGUGCUGCCACCCUCAAAGGCCUAUAUUGAGCAGCUUAAGUGCGGCAACGGUGAUCCAAGCGAGAGCGACAUCUUACACACCCUGAGGUGGUCGUCUAGGUUACGAGUCAGCACUUACGUCAACUGGAUCAAGGAACAUUUAGUAAAGCAGGGAAUGAAAGCGGAUCACGCCACGUCUCUGAUCGAAGAAGCCUCUGCCAAAUGUAGUGCAGUGAAAUAUGAUGUGGACCUUGCUGAGGAAUACAUCGCCAGACAGAUUUCGUCGUUUUGCUCUGUGGACCCCAGCAGCAUCCUACCUCUUCACCAAGUCCCCUCUCUACAAACCAUCUACACAUUGGAUGCUGUGAUUUCCAAAGUGCAGGUGUCCUUAGAUGAGCAUUUCUCCAAAGUAGCUGCCGAAACGGAUCCACAGAAAUCCUCCGACAUCACCAAAAACCUUAUGCCUGCCACGCUGCAGCUCAUUGAUGUCUACACGGCUUUUACAAGGUCAUACCUGCUUAUGAGUCUACCUGAGGAAGGAGAGCACAAGCCCACCGAAGCUAAACUGCAGGGUUAUGCUGCUGUGCUGUCCAUUGGAUCCACUCGCUGCAAAGCCAACCUGCUUGGUCAGAGUGUGAUGCAAAAUCUGCCUUUAGUCGUUCAGACACUGUGCGAAAAAUGGAACAACAUUCAGACCAACGAGUUCCCUAACAUCGGCUCAUGGCGGAACGCUUUUGCCAACGACACCAUCCCAUCAGAAAGCUACAUUAGUGCGAUCCAGGCGGCCCACCUGGGCACCCUAAGCAACCAAACUCUACCAUUAGCGUCCUCUCUUAAACACAUUCUCCUCUCAUUGGUGCGCCUAACCGGAGACCUCAUUGUCACAGAGGAGCUAAACAGUCCACAGGCAAUCCGGACGCUUCUGCCCCUGCUGCUCGAGAGCAGCACAGAAAGUGUGGCGGAAAUCUGCAGCACCUCACUGGAGAGGAUCCUGGGUCCUGCCGAAUCGGACGCUUUCCUUGCUCUCGUCUACGAACGUCUCAUCACAGGCUGCUACAACAUCAUCGCCAACCACUCUGACCCCAACAGUGGCCUGAAUGAGUCUAUUCUUGAAGAAUGCCUGCAGUACCUGGAGAAACAGCUGGAAAGCAGUCAGAUCCGCAAAGCUAUGGAAGAUUUUUUUUCAUUCAGUGGAGAACUGGUGCAGAUCAUGAUGGCCACUGCCAACGAAAAUCUAUCUGCAAAGUUCUGCAACCGGGUUCUGAAAUUCUUCACUAAACUGUUUCAGCUCACGGAAAAGAGCCCUAAUCCCAGCCUACUGUGCCUGUGCGGCUCGCUGGCCCAGCUGGCUUGCGUCGAGCCCACAAGGCUUCAAGCCUGGCUCCGCCGCAUGACCGCCUCUCCUCCCAAAGACUCGGACCAGCUGGACACAGUACAGGAGAACAGGCAGCUCCUGCAACUCCUCACCUCCUACAUCGUCCGUGACAACAGUCAGGUCGGCGAGGGUGUCUGCACUGUGCUUCUGAGCACCCUCGUCCCCAUGGCAACAGAGAUGCUUGCCAGUGGCGACGGGGCGGGCUUCCCAGAGCUCAUGGUCAUCAUGGCCACAUUAGCAAGUGCAGGGCAGGGAGCCGGACAUCUUCAACUACACAGAGCUGCUAUUGACUGGCUCACAAGAUGUAAAAAAUACUUGUAUCAGAAGAACGUUGCGGAAAAAGUUUCAGCUAAUGUUUCUCAAGGCAAGCAUGCCAGCAUGUUGGAGUGCGCCUCCCACAUCAUUUCCUACCUGGCGGAUGUGAUGAACGCUUUGCGGCAGAACAGUGGCCAGGGCUCAUCCCAGCUCAUGAUGGAGGGAGAGGAGAAGGCCAUUGAGGUGGACUCCGAUUGGGUAGAGGAACUGGCUGUAGAGGAAGACGACUCGCAGGCUGAGGACUCGGAUGAGGAUUCACUCUGUAAUAAGUUAUGCACCUUCACCAUCACUCAAAAGGAAUUCAUGAACCAGCACUGGUAUCACUGUCACACUUGUAAGAUGGUGGAUGGGGUAGGUGUGUGCACAGUGUGUGCCAAGGUCUGUCACAAAGACCAUGAGAUCUCCUAUGCCAAAUACGGCUCUUUCUUCUGUGACUGCGGGGCCAAGGAGGAUGGCAGCUGCCAGGUGAGACCGAAUACUUCAGGUCAUCAUGGGAAAAGAGCAACCGCGGCUCUCGUCAAACGAAGUCCCAGCAGUGGAAUGAGCACCACCAUGAAGGAGUCUUCAGCUUUUCAGAGCGAGCUGCGAAUGCCCGAGAGUGCCAUCCGCCACCAGAGCGCCUCACCUGCUGACAAGGGUAAAGUCACAAUCUGUGAUGGCAAGAGCAGCGACGAGGAGAAACCCAAGAAGAGCAUUGUGUGUAAAAACAUUGAGGGCUGCAGAGAGGACCUGCUCGUGCAAGUUGCGAGUUCCUCUACCGCAGCGCUGGUCCUGGAGUUGCUCAUCUUCUUGAUGGACGCCAUUCAAACUAACUUCCAGCAGGCGUCCGCGGUGGGCAGCAGCAGCCGAGCUCAGCACGCUCUCAAUGAACUGCACACUCAGGACAAAACUGUGGAGAUGACCGAUCAGCUCAUGGUUCCCACAUUAGGCUCACAAGAGGGAGCUUUUGAGAAUGUUAGGAUGAACUACAGCGGAGAUCAAGGACAGACCAUCCGCCAGCUCAUCAGUGCUCAUGUGCUUCGCCGGGUGGCCAUGUGUGUGCUUUCUUCCCCUCAUGGACGUAGACAGCACCUCGCCGUCAGCCACGAGAAGGGCAAGAUCACAGUUCUGCAAUUAUCUGCGCUGUUAAAGCAGGCCGACUCCAGUAAAAGAAAACUGACUCUGACUCGACUGGCCUCAGCCCCCGUUCCAUUCACCGUGCUCAGCCUCACAGGAAAUCCCUGUAAUGAGGACUAUCUAGCAGUGUGUGGACUCAAGGAUUGCCACGUUCUGACGUUCAGCAGCACUGGUUCUGUGUCGGAUCACCUGGUCCUGCACCCUCAGCUCGCAACUGGAAACUUCAUCAUCAAAGCCAUAUGGCUACCUGGAUCUCAGACGGAACUGGCCAUCAUCACUGCUGAUUUUGUCAAGAUCUAUGACUUAUCUGUGGAUGCCCUGAGCCCCAUGUACUACUUCCUGCUCCCAAGCUCAAAGAUCAGAGAUGCCACUUUCUUGUUCAACGAGGAGGGUAAAAACAUCAUUGUGAUUAUGUCGUCCGCUGGAUAUAUGUACACUCAGAUCAUGGAUGAGUCCAGCAGUGCCCAGCACGGACCCUUUUACGUCACCAAUGUUCUGGAGAUCACCCACGAGGACUUAAAGGACAGUAAUGGGCAGGUGGCUGGAGGCGGAGUUUCAGUGUAUUACUCCCACGUCCUGCAGAUGCUCUUCUUCAGCUAUAGCCAGGGCAAGUCAUUCGCCGCUACAGUGAGCCGCAGCAGCCUGGAAACCCAAAGACUCUUCACUAUCAAUGUUAAAGGUUCGAAUGGAGGCAGUAAAACAUCUCCAGCUCUAUGUCAGUGGUCAGAAGUGAUGAACCAUCCAGGUCUGGUGUGCUGUGUCCAGCAGACCACUGGAAUUCCUCUGGUCAUCAUGGUGAAGCCAGACACGUUCCUCAUCCAGGAAAUUAAAACCUUGCCUGCAAAAGCUAAGAUUCAGGACAUGGUUGCCAUCCGUCACACUGCAAGCAAUGAGCAGCAGCGCACCACCAUGAUCCUGCUCUGUGAAGACGGCAGCUUGCGUAUCUACAUGGCCAACGUGGAGAACACGUCCUAUUGGCUGCAGCCUUCUCUGCAGCCCAGCAGCGUCAUCAGCAUCAUGAAACCUGUCCGUAAACGCAAGACAGCCACUGCCACCACACGGACAUCCAGCCAGGUCACCUUCCCUGUGGACUUUUUCGAACACAACCAGCAGCUUACAGAGGUGGAGUUUGGAGGCAAUGAUCUCCUGCAGGUCUACAACGGCCAGCAGAUUAAACACAGACUGAACUCUACGGGGAUGUAUGUGGCAAACACCAAGCCUGCAGGCUUCACAGUGGAAGUAGUAAACAAUAACAACGCAAUGGUGAUGACAGGGAUGAGGGUACAGGUUGGAACUCAGGCCACUGAGCGUUCUCCCUCCUACAUCGAGAUCUUUGGACGGACUAUGCAGUUGAACCUGACACGCUCUCGCUGGUUCGACUUCCCCUUCACCCGUGAGGAAGCACUGCAAGCUGACAAAAAGCUCUCUAUUUUCAUUGGUGCUUCAGUCGACCCAGCCGGCGUCACCAUGCUUGACUCCGUUAAGAUUUAUGGUAAAACCAAAGAGCAGUUUGGCUGGCCAGACGAGCCCCCAGAAGACUUCCCUUCAGCCGCGGUCAAUAAUGCGUGCAGCCCCAACCUCAACCAGGGCAACGGCAUUGCAGACAGUGAGGUCACCAGUCCCAUUGCAACUAGCGGAACUGUACUAGAGAGUUCUGAAACUGAGUCCUUAUCAACCUUGGACCGGUUGGUGGUCAGCUCGCUGGAAGCUCUAGAGAGCUGCUUUGCUGUGGGUUCGCCCAUUGAAAAGGAGAAAAAUAAGACUGCAGCUUUAGAGUUGGCAACCCUCCUGCUGUCCAUUCCCACCCCACCUGGAGUACAACAGCAGACCAAAGGUCUUCUGGCCAGCUUGCACACCAGCCGCACGGCCUACCACAACCACAAGGAUCAGUCUCUUCUGAGCAAUGCAGUACAGUGUCUGAACAGCUGCAGUAAAGAAGUGAAGGAACUAGACCCUGAUGUGUUCCAGAGGCUGGUAAUCACAGCCCGCUCUAUCGCCAUCAUGAGGCCAAGCAACCUUGUGCACUUUACCGAGUCACGACUUCCUCAAUCAGACACUGACACAGGUGAUGAUGGGAAGGAUGGACUAAAACAAGCAGAUAAUGAAACCUGUAGCUUCAUCAUGCAACUGGUCACCAACUUCUGGAAGCUCCAUGCUCUCAAACCCAAGAACGCCUUUCUGGCUCCGGCCUGUUUGCCAGGUCUAACCCACAUGGAAGCCACAGUCAAUGCUCUGAUAGACAUCAUUCAUGGUUACUGCACCUGUGAGCUGGACUACAUCAACGUUGCUUCCAAAAUCUACAUGCAGAUGUUGCUCUGCCCUGACACCUCUGUGAGCUUUGCUUGCAAGCAGGCUCUGAUAAGAGUCCUGAGGCCCAGAAACAAACGCAGACACGUGACCCUGCCUUCUCCCCCACGCUCCAACACACCCAUGGGAGAUAAAGAUGAUGACGACGAUGAUGACGCUGAUGACAAGAUGCAAACCUCCAACAUGACUGGAGGAGAAGGUGGCAGGCAAGAGAGUCAAGAACAAAAUGAGGUGGACCACGGAGACUUUGAGAUGGUGUCUGAGUCCAUGGUUCUGGAUACAGCAGAGAAUGUGAACAAUGGGAACCCAUCACCACUUGAAGCUCUGCUGGCAGGCGCAGAGGGUUUCCCACCCAUGCUGGACAUCCCCCCAGACGCUGAUGAUGAGACCAUGGUGGAGCUGGCAAUAGCUCUCAGUCUGCAACAAGACCAGCAAGGCAGCAGCAGCAGUGCUCUUGGUCUGCAGAGUUUGGGUUUGUCUGGUCAGGCCCCCAGUUCCUCAUCUCUGGAUGCAGGGACCCUAUCAGACACCACUGCAUCAGCCCCAGCCUCGGAUGACGAGGGGAGCACAGCGGCCACAGAUGGCUCCACGCUGCGCACCUCUCCCGCCGAGCACGGGGGCAGCGUGGGUUCUGAGAGCGGAGGGAGCGCUAUCGACUCGGUCGCAGGAGAACACAACGUGUCUGGCCGCAGCAGUGCGUACGGCGAUACGACCGUUGAAGGUCACCCUGCUGGACCGGGCAGUGUGAGCUCCAGCACUGGAGCCAUCAGCACCACUACUGCCCAGCAUGAAGGAGAUGGAUCUGAGGGGGAGGCGGAAACGGAGGGCGACAUCCACACCAGCAACAGGUUGCACAUGGUGCGUCUGAUGCUUUUGGAGCGUCUCCUGCAGCACCUGCCCCAGCUUCACACUGUGGGUGGAGUUCAAGCGAUCCCCUACAUGCAGGUCAUACUCAUGCUGACCACAGAUCUGGACGGAGAGGACGAGAAGGACAAGGGAGCUCUGGACGAGCUUCUGGCCCAGCUCAUUGCUGAGCUCGGCAUGCACAAGAAGGAUGUUUCAAAGAAGAAUGAGCGGAGUGCCAUCAAUGAGGUGCAUCUAGUCAUCAUGAGACUUCUCAGUGUCUUCAUGUCCCGCACCAAGUCUGGCUCAAAGUCCUCCUCUGAGUCGUCUUCUCUCAUCUCCAACGCGACAGCCACAGCGCUGCUCAGCAUGGGAGCGAUAGACUACUGCCUGCAUGUGCUCAAAUCCCUGCUGGAGUUCUGGAAGACCCAGCAGGGUGAUGAGGAACCGACAGCCACCAGUCAACUCCUCAAACCCCACACCUCCACUUCCACCCCUGACAUGAGCCCGUUCUUCCUGCGGCAGUAUGUCAAGGGCCAUGCAGCUGAUGUGUUUGAAGCUUACUCUCAGCUCCUCACCGAGAUGGUUUUACGCCUUCCAUACCAGAUCAAGAAAAUCGCAGACGCCAAUCCUCGUAUCCCACCGCCGAUUUUUGAUCACUCCUGGUUCUACUUCCUAUCAGAGUAUCUGAUGAUCCAGCAGACGCCGUUCGUAAGGCGUCAGGUACGUAAGCUUCUACUCUUCAUCUGUGGCUCCAAAGAGAAGUACCGUCAGCUCCGAGACCUCCACACGCUCGACUCCCACAUGCGUGGCAUCAAGAAGCUUCUUGAGGAGCAGGGCAUCUUUCUGAGAGGAGGAAUCGUCACGGCGACAUCUGGAUCUGCUCUGCAGUACGACACGCUCAUUAAUUUGAUGGAACACCUUAAAGCAUGUGCUGAAAUCGCCACUCAGAGAACAGUCAACUGGCAGAAGUUCUGCAUGAAGGACGACUCCGUGCUGUACUUUCUGCUUCAAGUAAGUUUCCUGGUAGAUGAAGGUGUUUCUCCAGUCCUGCUCCAGCUGCUCUCUUGCGCUCUGUGUGGCAGUAAAGUCAUGGCAGCGUCCUCCGGAGCCUCUGGUGGAGGUUCAGGAACAUCUCAACCCUCCCAGAGCAAAUCUUCCAGCAAGAAGAGUAAGAAAGAGGACAAGGAAAAAGACAAAGAAGGAGAGGGAGCAGGCAGUCAGGAGGAUCAGCUGUGCACAGCACUGGUUAAUCAGCUAAACAAGUUUGCAGAUAAGGAGACACUUAUUCAGUUCCUGCGUUGCUUCCUGUUGGAGUCCAAUUCUUCAUCCGUGCGCUGGCAAGCCCACUGCCUCGCUCUACAUAUCUACAGGAACUCCAAUAAGUCACAACAGGAGCUGCUGCUGGAUCUGAUGUGGGCCAUCUGGCCAGAACUACCCGCUUAUGGGCGUAAAGCAGCUCAGUUUGUAGACCUGCUCGGAUACUUCUCCCUCAAAACACCUCAGACGGAUAAGAAGCUGAAGGAAUACUCUCAAAAGGCAGGCGAGAUUCUGAGGACACAGAACCACAUCUUGACCAACCAUCCCAAUUCAAACAUAUACAACACCCUGUCUGGACUGGUGGAAUUUGAUGGAUUUUUCCUGGAAAGUGAUCCCUGCUUAGUGUGCAACAAUCCUGAAGUGCCCUUCUCAAACAUCAAACUGUCAUCUAUCAAAGUUGACACCCGUUAUACCACCACACAGCAAGUGGUUAAGCUGAUUGGCAGCCACACUAUCAGCAAAGUCACCGUGAAGAUCGGUGACCUCAAGAGAACCAAGAUGGUUCGCACCAUUAACCUCUACUACAACAACAGGACCGUACAGGCCAUCGUUGAGCUGAAGAACAAACCUGCUCGUUGGCACAAAGCGAAGAAGGUGCAGUUGACUCCUGGACAAACUGAAGUCAAGAUCGACCUCCCUCUUCCCAUCGUGGCCUCCAACCUGAUGAUUGAGUUCUCAGAUUUUUACGAGAACUACCAGGCAUCUUCAGAGACCCUGCAGUGUCCACGCUGCAGUGCCUCUGUGCCUGCCAACCCAGGAGUGUGCGGAAACUGCGGAGAGAAUGUCUAUCAAUGCCACAAGUGCAGAUCCAUCAAUUAUGAUGAGAAGGACCCCUUCCUGUGCAACGCCUGUGGUUUUUGUAAAUAUGCACGCUUUGACUUCAUGCUUUAUGCCAAACCCUGCUGUGCUGUGGAUCCUAUAGAAAAUGAAGAAGACAGGAAAAAGGCUGUGACCAACAUCAACACACUUCUGGACAAAGCCGACCGUGUGUACCACCAGCUGAUGGGUCACCGGCCGCAGCUAGAAAGUCUGCUGUCCAAAGUGAACGAGGCUGCGCCUGAGAAACCACAGGAUGAUACUGGAGCAGGAGCCGGGCUAGGCACCUCCACCGCCAGCGUCAAUCGAUACAUUCAACAGCUGGCUCAGGAAUACAGCGGAGACUGCAAAACGUCAUUCGACGAGCUCUCCAAAAUCAUCCAGAAAGUGCUUGCAUCACGUAAGGAGUUGCUCGAGUAUGACCUGCAGCAGCGAGAGGCUGCUACCAAAUCAUCCCGCACCUCGGCCCAACCCACCAUAACAGCCAGCCAAUACCGAGCCCUGUCUGUGCUUGGCUGCGGACACACAUCGUCCACAAAGUGCUACGGAUGUGCGUCCGCAGUCACAGGCCACUGCAUCACAUUACUGCGCGCAUUGGCAACCAACACCGCCAUCAGGCAGAUCUUGGUACUGCAGGGUCUCAUCCGAGAGCUUUUUGAGUACAAUCUGCGCCGCGGCACAGGAGCUAUGAGGGAGGAGGUCCGACAGCUUGUAUGUUUGCUCACCAGGGAUCACCCCGAGGCCACUCAGCAGAUGAAUGACCUUAUUAUCGCCAAGGUGUCCGCUGCUCUUAAGGGACACUGGGCCAACCCUGAUCUGGUCAGCAGUUUGCGGUAUGAAAUGCUGCUGCUUACAGACUCCAUUGCUAAAGAGGGAGGAUGCUGGGAGUUAAGGCUACGCUGUGCCAUGAGUUUGUUCCUGAUGGCUGUAAAUAUAAAGACCCCAGUGGUGGUGGAGAACAUUACAUUGAUGUGUCUGAGGAUCUUGCAGAAACUCAUCAAACCCCCUGCACCGACAAGCAAGAAGAACAAGGAUGCCGCUGUUGAAUCCCUGACUACAGUCAAGCCGUAUAACAACGAGAUUCAUGCACAGGCUCAGCUCUGGCUCAAAAAAGACCCCAAGGCAUCUUACGAAGCCUGGAAAAAGUGCCUUCCUGCUCGAUGUCAGGAUGCGGCCUCCAAGCCCUCAAAUAAGGCUGAGAUCAGGAGGCAGUACCUGAUGGAGAAGUAUGUAUGGAAGUGGAAACAGUUCACGAGGUCUAGAUCGGAGGGCUUGUUCCCACGCCUGCUCAAACUGGGGCAUAACAACUGGUUGAGACAGGUGCUCUUCACCCCAGCCACACAGGCAGCGAGACAGGCAGCCUGCACCAUUGUCGAAGCACUAACAACAAUCCCGAGCCGCAAGCAACAAGUUCUGGAUCUUCUAACAAGUUACCUGGAUGAGAUGUGCAUUGCUGGAGAAUGUGCUGCUGAGUAUCUGGCCUUGUACCAGAAACUCAUUAAACCUGCACACUGGAAGGUUUAUCUGGCUGCUCGUGGUGUCCUGCCGUACAUUGGCAACCUCAUCACCAAGGAAAUUGCCCAUCUCCUCGCCCUUGAGGAAGCCACCCUGAGCACUGACUUACAGCAGGGAUAUGCUCUCAAGAGCCUCACAGGCUUGCUUUCCUCUUUCGUGGAGGUGGAAUCCAUCAAGCGUCACUUUAAGAGUCGACUGGUUGGAACAGUGCUAAACGGUUACCUGUGUCUGAGAAAGCUAGUGGUUCAAAGAACCAAACUGAUCGACGAGACACAAGACAUGCUCCUGGAGAUGUUGGAGGACAUGACAACAGGGACGGAGUCCGAGACCAAAGCAUUCAUGGCCGUGUGCAUUGAAACGGCAAAGCGGUACAACCUUGAUGAUUAUCGCACCCCUGUCUUCAUCUUCGAGAGGCUGUGUAGCAUCAUUUAUCCUGAGGAGAAUGAGGUCACAGAGUUCUUUGUGACGCUGGAGAAAGACCCACAGCAGGAGGACUUCCUGCAGGGACGAAUGCCAGGAAACCCAUACAGCAGUAAUGAACCAGGCAUCGGUCCUCUCAUGAGGGAUAUAAAGAAUAAGAUCUGUCAGGAUUGUGAUCUGGUGGCGCUGCUGGAGGACGACAGUGGCAUGGAGCUCCUUGUGAACAACAAGAUCAUCAGUCUGGAUUUAUCUGUUGCUGAGGUCUAUAAGAAGGUCUGGUGCCCCACCAAUGAGGGUGAACCCAUGAGGAUUAUCUACAGAAUGAGAGGUCUUCUAGGAGAUGCCACAGAAGAGUUCAUUGAAUCUUUGGACACAACUACAGAUGAAGAGGAGGAUGAUGAGGAGGUUUAUAAGAUGGCUGGAGUGAUGGCGCAGUGUGGAGGUUUGGAGUGUAUGUUGAACCGGCUCUCAGGUAUCAAAGACUUCAAACAGGGCAGACACCUUCUCACUGUUCUCCUCAAGUUAUUUAGUUUCUGUGUGAAAGUGAAGAUCAACAGACAACAGCUUGUGAAACCAGAGAUGAACACCCUUAAUGUCAUGUUGGGCACGCUGAAUCUGGCACUGGUGGCAGAGCAGGAGAGCAAGGACAGUGGUGGAGCAUCUAUAGCAGAGCAGGUUCUUAGCAUUAUGGAGAUCAUCUUGGACGAGGCCAAUGCUGAGACUGUUUCAGAAGAUAAGGGUAACCUGCUGCUGACGGGAGAUAAGGAUCAGCUGGUGAUGCUCCUGGAUCAGAUCAACACUUUAUUUGUGCGCUCCAAUCCAAGCGUUCUGCAGGGGCUCUUGCGCAUCAUCCCCUACCUGUCCUUUGGAGAACUUGAGAAGAUGCACAUCCUGGUUGAGCGCUUCAAACCCUGCUGCAACUUCGACAAGUAUGAUGAGGAGCACAGUGCAGAUGACAAAAUCUUCCUGGACUGCUUCUGUAAAAUAGCUGCAGGAAUCAAGAACAACAGCAAUGGCCAUCAACUUAAAGAUCUCAUCUUACAGAAGGGCAUAACCCAGAGUGCAUUGGACUAUAUGAAGAAACAUAUCCCCUGUGCUAAGAAUCUGGAUGCAGAUGUUUGGAAGAAAUUCCUCGCUCGACCAGCCCUUCCUUUCAUCCUUAGACUUUUGCGUGGUCUGGCCACCCAACAUCCCCCCACACAGAUGCUUAUCGGAACGGAUUCCAUAACCAAUUUGCACAAGCUGGAGCAGGUGUCCAGCGACGAGGGUAUCGGCACUUUAGCAGAGAAUCUUCUGGACGCACUAAGGGAGCACGCAGAGGUUAACCUGAAGAUCGACGCUGCUCGAAGGGAAACUCGGGCGGAGAAGAAGCGCAUGGCCAUGGCGAUGAGGCAGAAAGCUCUCGGGACGCUGGGAAUGACUACCAAUGAGAAGGGUCAGGUGGUGACAAAGACAUCCCUGCUGAAACAGAUGGAGGAGCUUAUAGAAGAACCAGGGUUGACCUGCUGUAUUUGUAGAGAGGGCUACAAGUUCCAGCCUACCAAAGUUCUGGGCAUCUAUACAUUUACAAAGCGUGUAAACCUUGAAGAGCUUGAGAGCAAACCCCGUAAACAGCAGGGCUACAGCACUGUCUCACACUUUAACAUAGUCCAUUACGACUGUCACCUUGCUGCUGUCAGGCUUGCUCGAGGGCGUGAAGAAUGGGAGAGUGCCGCAUUACAGAAUGCUAACACAAAGUGCAAUGGGCUCCUGCCUGUGUGGGGGCCACACGUACCCGAAUCUGCUUUCGCCACCUGCCUGGCAAGGCACAACACAUAUCUACAAGAGUGCACAGGGCAGAGGGAACCCACGUACCAGCUCAACAUUCAUGAUACCAAGCUGCUGUUCCUACGGUUUGCCAUGGAGCAAUCCUUCAGUGUGGAUACAGGGGGCGGAGGCCGCGAAAGCAACAUCCACCUCAUUCCCUACAUCAUUCACACAGUUCUUUACGUCCUCAACACAACAAGGGCCACAUCCCGGGAGGAGAAAAACCUUCAGAGCUUCUUGGACCAGCCUUGUGAGAAGUGGGUUGAGAGUUCAUACGAGGUGGACGGACCGCACUACUUCACAAUAUUGGCCAUGCACAUCUUUCCUCCCGAAUGCUGGAAGACUACACGUCUUGACUUUCUGCGCAGGCUGCUGGUGGCCGCUCAUGCCCGCAAGGUCUCACCAGGGGGCGCUAACAAACUUACAGACAAAACAGUAAAGGAGUAUGCUGUGUACCGCUCACCUCUUCUCUUCUGGGGUCUGGUGGAUCUCAUCUACGACACGUUCAGGAAAGUGCCCACCAGUAACACAGAGGGAGGCUGGUCCUUUUCGCUCGCAGAGUACAUAAGGCAUAAUGACAUGCCCAUCUAUGAGGCGUCAGAAAGAGUGUUGAGGGCCUUUCAGGAUGAGCUCAUGCCUGCUGAAUCCUUCUCAGAGUUCCUGGAUGUCGUAGGGCUCCUUACAGACAUCCCAGACCCUGAUGCCUUCCUGCAGGACCUGUUGAACUCUGUGCCCUGAUGGCACACAAUUAUGCACCUCACUCAUGGACUUGUGACCGCUCUGUCCAAUGCAAGUGUUCCCUAACCAUAGUCUGUUUGCUACCCAGACUCAGCUAUUCGCAACUCUACGGAGACACUUUCAAUCGGGGCCCAGGCCCCCAAAACUUCUAUCAGCUCACCCAUUCUCAUUCAGCUUCACUUCUGCUCCUGAUCUCCGCUUGGGUUUAUUUGGUUAUAACUCUCCUAAACCAAGAAGUGACGCGUAGCCUGACGAGUUAAUGCACAUUUAAUCUAAAAUGGUUUCGUAACAUCUAUUACUCAGAAACACACCAUGCUGUUUUGAUCCAACAUGUUGCAGGUGAUCUGUUUGGGAUUCUAAUUAUUUCAUAAACAACUUUGAUGGGUUUUAUUUCUUUUCCCCCUUUUUUGUGUGUUCUUUGCCUCGAGUUCUAAAUUGGCAAAUAGUAACAGCUUUUCUGACCCUCCUGUUGUGACGUUCAAUGUUUCUCGAUUUUUAUUUUGCAGUGGUGUUCUAUAAAUCGAUUGCAGUUUGUGAGAAUGGCAAGGCCUGACGCUGGUUGUGUGAUGUGAUGCAAAUGUGUGAAGAUAGAUUUUCUUGUGUAAAUGGUAAAAGAGUGAGAUGAUUGUGUUACUCCCGUGAAAUGAAACUACUUUCUAAUUUGUAAAGGGUUUUACCUGCAUCAACAAUGAAACACAAAGAUUAAAAGAAUAAAAAGGGCCUGCAUAUUUA